UAAGUUUAACAAAAUUCAGCAGAGCGCUCCAGAGGCAAAAUGAUACUGGAAUGUUCCAACAGUUUAACAUCCGCUCCUCCUCCCCCAUUUUACCAAGGCCGGUAAAGGGACUCGUCCACCUCAUUACCAGAGCCCAGUGGUUACCAGUGACUCAGGAACUGAGCUUCCGAAAAUUUAUCGAACAAUCUGAUUUACUAGAGGAACUUAAAUAUGACUUCAAUGAAAAAGCUGAAUUGAGACACACUGAGACACAUAAGCCUUUUGUCUUUAACUAUUAUAAAAAUGUCCUGGAGAGGAAUAGCAAGCGCUACCAGGCCCUUGGCCAUUUGCUCGAACAAUACAUUUAUGAACUUUUGGAAAAAGUGUGCAAAUUACAAAAAGUAUAUAUCCCACCAGAGGCUGAUAAGGAACCAAGAAGCUUCUUUUUCAUGAGUGAGAGAGCAUUAACAAAUCAUCAUUCUGCUCUUCUUGUCCUUCUUCAAGACCGUGGGGUCUUUAGAGCUGGUCAGUGGAGUCAGCAGGCAGUAAUACGUCAUGGUCUCCAACAUGGAAGUCAGAUACCAUGUAUUCAAAUGGCAUUGCAGGCACAUUAUGAUGUAAUUGUGCUAAACCCCAAUGACAAUUUUGUGGACCUACAGACAGAAAAAGAGUGGAAAGGCCUUUUAACACAAAAUGUUGAGUCCCCUUCCAGAAAAAUGGUUCAGACUGAGAGCUUUUUAUCUCUCCAGCAGUCUCUCCAAUGUAUUCCAAAAAGAUGCAGCAACACUCCUGAAGAACAUAUGGCUUAUAUUUGGGAUUACUUCAUUUCAAAGGCUGAAGGCAAGGAUGUUGCCUUCCUUGUACAUGGUUAUGGAGGCUUGGUUUUUAUGGACUUGCUUGUUCAUAGAAAGUGGGAAGUAAUGAGCAAAGUAUAUGCUGUUGCACUUAUUGACUCUGAACAUCAUGUAGGACACCAGCUGGGGAGUGACAUCCAGUUAUUAGCAUGGAUAAAGCACCACUGCCGUGAAUGGGUGACAAGUCCAAAGCCUUUGGAUAAACCUGAAGCUACUGUUUUGAAAAAGGAGUUUCCCAUGGUUUCUGCUGGUACAGAAAAACACAACUUAGCCCCUUCCUCUAGCCUUCAGUCAAUUUUUAAAUACUUUAGAAAAGCUUUGAAAGCCAAAGCAGCUAUUAAUUUCUCUCGAGUGCCCAUAGUAACUAGAAGCUCCACAAAAAGAAAGCAAAGUGCUUAAGUUACUUUUUUGCCAUCUAAGAUUGUUUUGUCCCACUGAAACUUUGCUAAUGUAGAUGCUAGAAGAAAAAGAAUACUUCCAACUCAUAGGCAGUAUGUUCUGGCUUGACAUUUGAUUUGUUAACUUUUUUUAAAAGUGAGUAUAUUCUCUUCAGUAGCCUACUGAUGAACCAGGAAGUCAGUCAGUACUAUCAUUAAUAUUUUAGAGUAUUAGUCAAAUUAAGAGUAGUCUAGUUAGAGGAUCUUCUUUUGAAAAGAUUUCUCAGUUUCAUAGAGGGACACCAAAACUGUAGUUGAUAGAAAUUAAAGACUAAGUCAAUCUUUGACUUCUGCAUUAUUAAUGCUGUAUUAAAAAUAUAA